AUGGCACCACCUGGCGGAAACAGCGAAACUCUGAUGCAGCAAAUUGUCCGGCAGAACCAGCAGAUGGCAGAGCAAAACGCGCGGUUGAUGGUCUUGCUAGAGCGAUUCGGCAUUCAAGAAGACUCCGGAUCCGGCCGAUCUUCAAGCAACCCGGAAUUCAUCAUUGAAUCUCUGGCAUCGAACAUCCACGAGUUCUCCUACGACCCAGACAAUGGCCAAGUUUUCGACCGGUGGUAUCGCAAGUACGAGGAUCUCUUCCUGAAGGACAGUGCGAAAUUGGACGAUGCAGCGAAGGUACGUUUGCUCCUGAGAAGCCUCAGUGUCAACGUUUUCGAACGUUACGUCAAUUUCGUGCUUCCGAAACAUCCCCGUGAGUUCACCUUAGAGGAAACUGUCAAGAAACUCAAGGAAUUGUUCAGCAUCCGGAUUUCGCUCUUCAGCAAACGGUACCAAUGCUUCCAGCUGACGAAGAACGAUGCGGACGAUUAUGUGACUUACGCGGGAAAAGUUAACAAGGCCUGUGAAGAUUUUGAACUGAACAAGCUAACUCCAGCCCAGUUCAAGAGCUUGGUUUUCAUUUGCGGACUUCGCUCAACGAAGGACGCGGACAUCCGGACGCGGCUACUCUCGAAGCUUGAAACGAACGCCGACGAAGAUUGCAACCUCGAAUCGCUCAUCACGGAAUGUCAACGUCUUCAAAAUCUCAAGCAUGAUACCGCUAUGGUGGAACAGAAGCAUACUUCGAUUAGCUCCGUCUGCGCAGUCAAACAGAAGAAGCCUCAAUCGAACCCAUCUGGACCGAACACCAAACCUAGUGGCAAAUCAAGCACCCCGAAGACACCCUGUUGGCAGUGCGGCGGCAUGCACUUCGUUCGUGAUUGUUCGUUCUCCAACCACGUUUGUAAGGACUGCAAGCAAACCGGACAUAAAGAGGGCUACUGCGGCUGUUACUCAGCGAAGACAUCUACCAAGAAGAAGAAGUCGAAGGUCAACGGUGUUUUUGCGAUCAACCGGGUUAGUAGUGAGUCCCGGCGGAAGUUCCUGACCGUGAAUAUCGAUGGAUCUGAAGUGACGCUGCAGUUUGACACGGCUUCGGACAUCACCAUCAUCUCUCGGAAAAUCUGGAACAAAUGUCUUGGAUUCCCUCAACUACUUCACACAACAAGAGCAGCAACAACAGCGUCUGGCAAGCCUCCUCAGCUUCUUGGUGAACUUCAAAGCGCAAUCACACCUGGAGGUGUCACUAAACCAGGAAAACUUUACGUGGCCAGCAACAAUCUCAACCUGUUUGGCCUGGAAUGGAUCGACUUGUUUGGACUAUGGGACAAGCCAUUGUCGGCGAUCUGCAAUCAAGUUCACGCCGAUCAACCCAACGUAAUCCAGCACUACAAGGCAAGAUUUCCAGACGUUUUCCGGCAAGGUUUAGGACACUGCACAAAAACCAAGGUACGCCUGUUCCUGAAACCCGGAGCUAUGCUAGUCUACAAACCGAAACGGCCUGUACCAUUCACAUCCGUGAAGAAAGUCGAUGCAGAACUGGACCGUCUUCAACAACUGGGUAUCAUCACCCCGGUUGACUUUUCCCAGUGGGCUGCACCAAUCGUAGUGGUCAAGAAACCAGGAGGAAAGAUUCGGAUCUGUGCCGAUUAUUCAACCGGUCUGAACGCCGCCCUGGAGUCGAACAACUACCCGCUGCCAGUUCCCGACGACAUCUUCAGUAAGCUCAACGGAUGCAAGUAUUUCAGCAUAAUCGACCUUAGUGAUGCCUAUCUGCAAGUAGAAGUGAAUGACGACUCGAAAAACUUGCUGACCAUCAACACACACCGUGGACUAUUUCGUUUCAACCGGCUAGCACCUGGGGUGAAGUCGGCUCCAGGAGCAUUCCAGCAGCUGAUGAACACGAUGAUCGCAGAUCUCCAAGGUGUCGAAUCGUUGCCGGAUGACCUGAUGGUAUUCAGCAAAACCGAGAAGGAGCAUCGUGAAAUCCUCACCGCUCUUUUUCAACGACUGCAAGAGUAUGGCUUCAUCCUCCGUGAAGAAAAGUGCAACCUGCUACAGUUUAAAUUAAAGUAUCUUGCACACAUCGUUGACGAAUCUGGACUACGACCGGAUCCUGCCAAAAUCGAAGCCAUUGUCAAGAUGCCUGCUCCCAGCGACAUUUCCAGUCUACGAUCGUUCCUCGGUGCGGUGAAUUUCUAUGGCAAGUUCGUAUCAGAAAUGCACCAGCUACGAAGACCACUCGACGCGCUUCUCAAGAAGGAUGCCAAGUUCGUUUGGAACAACGACUGCCAGAAGCAGCGGACGCAUCCCAAUCAGGAAUUGGAGCCUGCAUCAUGCACAAGUGUCCCAACGGCGCUCUCAAAGCGGUGGCACAUGCAUCCCGUUCCCUCACCGAUGCCGAAAAAACGUUACGGACAGGUGGAGAAGGAAGGUCUAGCCCUGGUAUUCGCUGUAACGAAGUUCCACCGGAUGCUACUUGGACGCAAGUUUACGCUACAAACGGAUCAUCAGCCGCUCUUGAGGAUAUUUGGAUCGAAAAAGGGAAUUCCAAUCCACACCGCUAAUCGCUUACAACGCUGGGCACUGACGCUUCUGUGUUACGAUUUCGACAUUAUGUAUCCACCACCCAGUUCGGAAAUGCCGAUGUUCUUUCCCGUCUCAUCAGCGGCCAUUCAAGACCGGAGGAAGAUUUCAUCAUCGCUUCAAUCCAACUGGAAGAUGAAAUUGAAGUACCUCUUCAAGAAGCAGUCGGAUUACUUCCUGUGA